CCGCCAGUCUCGAGCAGCUGUCCAACAUGGCGAUCACGGGAAACGGAUCUCUCACUAUUUCUCUCUCUGUUUUCGUGAUUUCAGCAGCGUUUCUUCUAAAAGGAGCCGCUGAGACCUUGUCAGUUGAAGGUCAAAACCUGGGGACUGAUAAUGUAUCAGUGAUUGAGGGAGAGAUGGCGACCAUCAGCUGCAGGGUGAAGAACAAUGAUGACUCAGUCAUCCAGCUCCUCAACCCCAACAGGCAGACCAUCUACUUCAGAGACGUCAGACCCCUGAAGGACAGCCGGUUCCAGCUGGUGAAUUUCUCCGACAACGAGCUGCGGGUGUCUCUGUCCAACGUGUCACUGUCAGAUGAGGGACGCUAUGUGUGCCAGCUCUACACAGACCCUCCUCAGGAGGCCUACGCAGACAUCACUGUGCUGGUCCCACCAGGCAGUCCAAUCAUGGAUUCCCAAGAGGAUGUGGUCAGUGAGGGGAACGAGACAGAGCUCACCUGUACAGCCAUGGGCAGCAAGCCUGCCGCCUCCAUCAGAUGGAUGAAAGGAGAGCAGGAGCUGACAGGCAAGAUGACGGUGGAUGAGACCUACGACGGGAUGUUCACAGUCACCAGUAGGCUGAGACUCACCGUGUCCAAGGAGGACGACGGAGCGCCAGUCAGCUGCAUCAUCGACCACCCAGCCGUGAAGGACCUCCGGGCACAGAGAUACCUGGAAGUGCUAUAUCAACCAGAAGUGAAGAUUGUUCAGGCAUUCCCUGAAGGUUUAACGAGAGAGGGAGAGAAUCUAGAGCUGACGUGCAUAGCAAAAGGCAAACCACAGCCCCAUCAGAUCAGCUGGCUCAGAGUGGAUGAUGAUGUGCCGUCUCACACCGUGAUCACCGGCUCUGACCUCUUCAUCGAAAACCUCAACAAGUCGUACAACGGCACGUACCGCUGUGUGGCCUCCAACGCCGUGGGAGAGGCCUACGAUGACUACAUCCUCUUUGUAUACGAUGCUCCUACCACGAUCCCCGCACCCACCACCUUGAACCUAGACAACACCCAAGACUCCAGAGCUGGCGAGGGGGCGCCACAGAAGAUAGACCACGCUGUCAUCGGAGGCGUGGUUGCCGUGGUGAUGUUCGCUAUCCUCUGUGCACUCAUCGUCCUGGGGCGCUACUUCGCCAGACACAAAGGCACCUACUUCACACAUGAAGCCAAAGGGGCAGACGACGCAGCAGAUGCAGACACGGCCAUCAUUAAUGCAGAGGGGGGACACAACAACACGGAAGAGAAGAAGGAGUACUACAUCUAAUGAUGAGAGGCCAGGGGGGUGUUAUGGUGGGGGGGUCCUGUAGGAGCACUAUAUCUAACUCUGAAUGGGCCGGAGGGGUGGGGGAGAGGUGGAGGACGAAAGGUGCAGCUGAGGAGGAAAGAGAGGUGGGGAAAGGAGAAGAGAAAAGGAGAGGAGUGAUGAGAAUUGAAGAGGAGAGGAAGAUUGGAGUGGAUGAGUAGUGGGAGGCUUCAUUGCUUCGUCGUGGAUUCUCCCAUCCAACCUCUCCUGGACUGCUGGGUCCCAUUCUGUACAGUUCAAUUAUUUUACAGACAAUUUUGUGCCUUGUUCUAUUUCUUUCGUAAUUGUUGUCGUCCCCCCCCCGUCCCCAUCCCCCCACCGUCGUCCCCCCCACCCCACCCCAAACCUGUUGACUCCACCAGUUCCUUUUUGCUGCAGUUAUCUUUUAGAGGAGAUGACACAGCACUUCUUCUCUUGUUGUCCUGCUGAUCCAUCUUAGCUUGUGUACCAGGCUUUUAGAAGCACCCUCUCUCUCGCUCUCUGUGUCUCUCUCUCUCUAUGCUGUGUACUGUAGAAGCAGCCAACAAUACAUUUGAGUCAUUUCCAGCUGAAACCUAUUGUAAACAACUCUUAUCAAUAUCAAACUAUACCGUCCCUCUUAACUCAAUCAUAAAUAUGACCUCUCCUGCUGUAUCAGACAUCCUGAAACAUCACUUUUAUUUUUAUUCUGUGGUUAAAAGACUGAAGUUGCUGCCAUGGUCAUAAGACUUGUUGAGUUGUGUUGUCUUAACUGUUACGAUAAGAGGUUCAAACCUCUUAAUGAGGUCACUAGGUGUGGGGUUAAGGUCACAAUAUGGUUUACUCUGGGUCAUCAUACUCAUACCCUUAAUGAUCAGUAAAUGACCAAUGUAAUAGUAAUGCUUGUACAUGUGUGUAAAUACAGUGCAUAUAUUACCCAGUAUUUUCAACACAGGUUCAAUUCUAGUUGAAAGAAUACUCUUCUACAGAUAAAACAAGUUCAAUUGUGUUAUUAUAUACUGAAUUUAAUAUAUUGAAUGUAUAUUUAGAAACCUUACAAGGACCUUCAAACCCUAUUUUAUUGCUGUCAAGGCCAGGGAUCAUCAUCUAGAUUCAGCCCCGGGUCAAUUUCUUCUUGAGCGGAUAGUUGGCGAGGGGGAACAUCAUUUAAAAAAAUACUUUUAGACUGAAAAUUAAUAAUAAUAAUAAUAUUUCACUAAAACAUAAUAAUUUCAAACUUUGUUUACAUAUGGGGACAGUGCUCUGCAUAGGGAACGUCUUUUGGAUGGGACGUUAAAAUGGGUCUCCUGCCUCUGUGGUCAUUCAAAAUCCCAUGGCAUUUAUUGUAAGAGUAGGGGUGUUCACCUCAGUGUCAUGGUUAAAUUCCCAACCCGGCCACAUUCCAUCAUGACCACCUAAUCAUCCCCCGCAUUGCUAAUUGGGAUCCAAUUUUCUAAAUUAAAAUCACUUGAAGCUGAUUUCCCGGAAUUUUUAUAGUCAGUCUUAUGUCCAAAAUACCCCCCCCACCUCCCCCAAAAUAUAUAUAUUUUAAUUAUUUUAAAUUUUAUGCUCAGAAAACUUGGGGGGCCAAAUAAAACCACCCGCGGGCCAAAUUCAGGCCGCAGGCUGCCAGCUGGGAAACCAACCCUACCUUUAACUAGUCUGUUGGCUCAGGUUGCUAUUGAGAGGAAUAUACUGUAUCUCAGUAUGAAAAGGGAAGAAAAUAUGUUACUUAUACUUUAGAUUGAAGAUGUUUUAAUUGUAAUGAUGUCUAAUUAAAAACUCUUCUGUCUCUAUUUUUCAAACAUUAGCUAGUACACAAUUCUGUAUGUAUUAUUUUGACUGCCAUUGUAUAUUUUAUGGAUAUUAGGAUACACUUUUAUAUAAUUGUUGCAUUACUUCAUGUUUGUUUGGUUUUCAAAUUAGAAAUGUAACAGAACACUAAUGGUUAUUGCUCAAUGAGCAUUCCUAAUGGUGUCUGUGAGUCAUAAGUUAUUCAAGAUCCCCUAGAAGUUUUGAAUGGGGAAUGAGUAGCAUGGUUUCCAUUUCUGCCAUGUUUCCGCUUUUAAAGUAAAAGUACAGAUUGCUGUGGAAUCCCUGUAAUGCAUACUGAAGUUCCUGCUUUUAUCUUUCCACGGUACAUUAGUGGAUUUAUUGGAUAUAUAUCAGUGUGACUGGCAAAACAACUCCAAAUACAUUCAUAAAAAAGGACAGCCACUGCCUUACUUUGCUUUUAAAUAUGUCAUAAUGGUGAUGGAAAAAAAAGAGUGAAGGACUAAAUUCAGUGCCUUCCUUUUUUUAAAGGGUAUACAGUACGAUGUCAACAGUGUCAUACUAUAUCUUAGUAUAUGAAUCUCGUGCUACCUUACACCAGUAGUGGUAAUCUCACUCUCUAUUCACAUGUAACUCAUAAAUCAGACAGUACUAAGAAGUGGAAUAACAAGCUGGAGUUAUUUUCAGAUUGGAUAAAUAAUUGGAAUCGUAACUGAAUGAUAUGGCAGCUUCUAUUGAAAAACAUCUCCCCAUAACAAACAAGCUGAGUAGUGUUAAUGAUUUUAUUUACAGGUGAUCUAUUUCUGUCCGUUGAGAAUUUAUAAGGUAGCCGAAAUAGUUUAUUUAAUUUAUUUACGAAGUACAUUUUGGUUGUAUUUGUAUGGUUAUUGUGUUAGGUAUGUACUGUAAUUGUGGUCAAGGCUCACCACACUUUUAGGAAAGGUAAAACAAGCGAAACAGUCCUGGAAAUCUGAUCUUUAUUUAAUUGAAUUGCUUGAGUGUGAUGCAGAACAUAACCGAUACCAGUAUAAUACAUAGAAAUGUGCAAAUCAAUAUUAAUCUCAAAGCGUAUCGAUUAGUUCUGAACUUGCUUUUGUUUUGUUAAUCAUCAAUGUUUAUUCUGGAUACAAUUGAAGUGAAUGCUGUAGAGAUUCAUAUGAAGUGUUGUUUUUGUUUUCAGUAUACACUCAGUGGCCAGUUUAUUGGGUACGCCACCCGUUCACGAAAAUGGUUUUGCUCCUACAUAUAGUGAGUCACGUGGCCGUGGCUUGCUAUAUAAAGCAGGCAGACAGGCAUCGAGACAUUCAGUUACUGUUCGAUUGGACGUUAGAAGGAGAAAAACGACUGACCUAAGCCACUUUGAGCAUGGUAUGUAUUUCAGAAACGGCCGGCCUCCUGGGCGUUUCACGCACAACAGUGUCUAGGAUUUACAGAGAAUGGUGAGACAAACAAAAAACAUUCAGUCAGCGGCAGUCCUGUCGACAAAAACAGCUUUUUGAUGAGAGGUCGAAGGAGAAUGG